CUCAACAACGGCAGCUAACAAUGCAGCAACUCAACUCAUCCAACAACUCACUCACCACUCCAGUCCCAACUGGAAACCUGGUUGCCAGUAUUGUUCUGGCAAUUUGCUUCAUACUGGGAAUCCCUGGGAAUAUCGCUGUAGUGGUAUGUGUGGCUGGAUGGCUGAAGGGAGGCAGUUUCACCCCGAGACUGAUGCUGAGCCUGGCCAUAUCAGAUCUGCUCACUCUGCUUUCUCUGCCAGUUUGGAUUUGGUCUCUUCUUCAUGGCUGGGUCUUUGGCGUGGUCCUGUGUAAGCUUAUCUCAUAUUUGUUGUACUUCUGCAUGUACUGUAGCAUACUGUGUGUGGUUUUGAUGAGCGUUCAGCGAUAUAUGCAAGUGCUGCAUCCUCAGAAAUGGAACAAGCUUGGCAAGAAAGGAAAGAAGAUCCUCUUGAGUGGAAUUUGGAUCUUAAGUGGAGUACUAUCAUCCUAUGCUCCUGUACAGCGCAGUGCAAGUCAGGACAAGGAAGGAUGGCUUCUGUGCAUGCGAUGCUGCCAGAAUGAUGUUGAACAAGUGACUAUUUUAAUCCUGGAGAUCCUAAUUUUGAUGGUUUCAUUCCUCAUACUGGCUUACUUCUACUUUCAUCUUCACCGGGGAGUUAAUAACUCAACUUUCUUCAUCAGUCAAUCAUUGACAAAGCUGGUGACCAGAAUUGUGGUCUGUUUCUUUAUUUUUUGGUUCCCAUUAGUCAUCUCCAACAUUGUGACGAUCAUUGCCCUAUUCCUUCAGAAUGACAAGCUGCUAAGAUCUACAGAAGCUGCUGACAAUAUUACUGCAGCUCUGACUUUCAUUAACAGUUGUGUGAACCCCUUUCUGUAUGCUUUCUCUGCUCGGGCUGUACAGCAGCACGCAGCUGGAACAGAAAAUAUUUAGUUCAUUCAUGACAUCAAGGUUUGAGAGAGUUGAUGGUUUCUCACUGAUAGCCAGCUCUAAGAACAUGUCUUUCUCUGCCAGUUUGGAUUUGGGCUCUUCUUCAUGGCUGGGUCUUUGGAUUGGUUGCAUGAAAAAGUUUCUCUCCUAUUUAGGGUAUUUAACUCUGUACUGUAGCACACUGUGUGAUUGGGUACUGUGAACCCAAUCAUGUUCCCAAUUAACCUGCUUAACCCUGAAACUUUUCACAAUAUUAUGUACUGCAGAUUUUGAAAGACCUAAUAUCUUGCAUUGAGAAAUGUCCUUUUUGUAUUGAUUAACAAUUCUCUCACAAAUGUUGGCACAAAGUUUUGAGCCACACCCCAACCUUGCUUGCAAAGAUGGAGCCUUUGGUGCUGCUCCUUUUAUACCCAAUCAUGUUCCCAGUUGACCUGCUUAUUGUGAAAUCUUCCAAAAUGGUGUCACUUGAACAUCCUGUAAGCUUUUAGGUCUUAUUUUGUCUCUGUUCCACCUUCUUUUGAAUGUGUGGGUCAGUUAAAUAAAGUUUCACAUGAAUUAUAAAA